AUGCGUUGCUUGGAGCUGGGCCAAUAUGAGCAGGGCAAAGGUCUCCGUGAGGAUCUCUGCCCCUCCCUCAUUGGCCGUCACACUGCUUCAGCACAGCACAAGCUGCCUGCGCGUGCCCAGCUCCCGGCGCCACGAUGCCAUCCGCUUGGCUCUCGAUUUUCGACAUUGCCUUGGGCUUAG